CAGCACACUGCUCACGGCUGCCGUAGCACAGAUUGUUUGCUACAGCAGACGUUACCUGCACGGAAAGGCGACUGACUUCAUUCCCACUGUUCAGAUACGUGGAAUAACAUGCACUGUUUUAUAUUUUAAACGUUUUCUCCAGCCGGUCGCUGACAGUCCUGUUAAUGUUCCCGUAUUCGGCUUUAAUUGGAGGCAGCGCACUCGGAAUUAUACCAGCGGUGAGAAUGGAAAUGUGAGGCAUGAACGUAUAGAAAGUAUAUAAAGAUUUCAGGAGCCAAACAAAGAUGGAUAAUCGACGGAAAAAGAGGCUGACAUACUUCACAACUGGACUCAUUUUCCUCCUGAGCGGUGUGGAAUACGCUGUGAUUUUACCCACCAUAUGGAGGUACUUGCAGACUCUAGAUGCAGAACCUUACUUCUUGGGUUUGACGUUGUCAGCAUUCAGUCUGAGUGGGCUCCUAUCAGGACCCCUGUUCGGCCACUGGUCUGACAGGACUCUAGCCAUCAAGAAGAUAAUCUUGUUUGGCAACCUUUUUGAAAUAGUCGGUAAUUUAAUGUACUUUAUGGGCUACUCCAAGUGGCUGUUACUGUCAAGCAGAUUUGUAGCAGGUAUUGGUGCAGGAAUCGGCUCGUCCAUCUUUGGUGCUCUAACCAGGUGCACUGCCCCAGAGGACCGUGCAACUGUAUUUGCUGCUGUGAUGGCAUGUCGACAAGCUGGCCUUCUGAUUGGUCCAGCAUUUAACAUCUUUUUGAGGCUUUGUGACUUCCACGUUGGUCCCUUUCUGGUCGAUAAAUAUACUUCACCAGGGCUGUUUAUGUGUCUGAUGUGGACUCUUCUUCAACCAGUGGUGGUCUUCAUGUACUGGGAUCUACCACCGAUUGAGAAUGUCAAGGCUAAGAAUAGGUCGAUGAACAGCAAUGAGGAGAAGACCGAGCAAGAGCUUGUGAAAGAUGAGGAAGAGAACAAUGAAGAGGAAAAGCCGCUGAUGUCGUCCCAGGAGAUAGUGGGGUCUUAUGGUUCAGUAGUGACAUCCAGCCCACUCAAGAAUCACACCUCUGCUGCCUCCAAUGGCAUGCUGAAUCAUAUUUCUACACCUCCCUCUCCUGUGACACCAGAAACCAGAAAGUCCGGUUUCUUCACUUGCAGCAUGAUGCGAGAGUUCCUAAGAGAAGAAGUAGUUGUGCUGCUGGCUGCUCAGUUCAUCACCCUCUUCAAUCAGACAGCACUGGAGACCAUGGUCACUCCGCUGACCCAGAAGUAUUUCAACUUUGGCGAGCUGGAGAAUAGUGUGAUGUACUGCCUGGCCGGUGGGGUGGUGGUCACUGGCUUCCUGUUUGUGCGCUGGCUGAGCCGUCAUGUAGCGGAGCGGGUGGUUCUUGUCAUUGGUCUGAGCAUCGCCAACAUCUCCUGCAUUUGGUGCCUCAUCUUCCUGGCUAACCCACAAGGAGAUUAUCCCUGGCAGCUGACAGAGUUCAUCAUUGGAAUAUUUCUGCAGGUUGUGGGUUUGCCGUUCGUAGCAGUAUCCCAGGUUUCACUGUUUUCCAAAAUUACUUCUGAGAAAACACAAGGUUUCAGUCAGGGAGUUCGUCGCUCAGUGGGAGGCCUGGCUACCAUCCUGGGCCCUCUGUGGGCUGGUGGUCUCACUGAGAGCAUGUAUAUCAUGAUGGGGGUCAUGAUGGGACUGCUGGUAAUGUUAUCGAUCAUGGUGGCCUUCUCCUAUCACCAGCUGGUGGAACCUGCUGUAGAGGAAGAGCUGGGCUAUUCGGAAAACGGGGAUUCAACCUGCAGGCAGUCGACAGAGGAACAGUAAUUGCAGAAGUGGGAGCUCCCUGUCCUGCAUGUUCAGUCCGUCCAGAGUCUCACUGUCUGCAGUUGGAUCAGCCUACAGGGUGAUGAAAUACACACCACCAGCCUGGACCUGUCUGUUCUCUGUGCAGAGGUUGGUCAAACGACUGAUACAGUGAAUACAGUAUAUUUCCUAUGGAAAUAUAGAAUCCUGCUGACAAUGCAUAUGCAAGCGUUGGAUGAAAAAUGUUGCCCUAAGGUGAAUUGCACCUUCUGCCUGUGUUUCACCACAUGCAACAUAACCCUUAUAAAUAAAUUAAGCAACAUGCUAAAUGGUUGUGGAUUUAGCUGAAUUCUGUCCUGCUGCUGUGGGAGAAUAAAAUAAAUGCUUAGCCUUGACAUUUAGACCUAAUGUCUAAGUAUUUAGCAUUGGGUUGAUUAAAAAAAAAAAAAAUGUGUAUUUGUUUAUCAAAUUCAAAACCAAGGUUCAUUGUAAGUGAAAAGUUCAAAUGUUUGACCAAAAAUUUAGUUUGCAGAUAUAUGAAAAGGAUUUUGAUCUGGAUGAAACAACCUUUCAAUCCAACUUCGUUAUUCACUUUCAUGUCAUCUACAUGAGACAUACAGAAUUUUUCUCCCUGGACAGAGCAAAAUAUUUGCAAAGAUUGUACAUUUCACUUUCUUUGCAAGUCAUAUGUAUUCAUUUAAACAUAGCUUUGUAAAUGAAUAUCGUCACAGUGGCUGAAUCGGUGUGUGGCGUCACUGUCUAAAAGACCUGCUAACACUAACACAAAAAGAUUAGAAUGUGAGUUUGUUGUACUGAAGUGAUGACAAUGCAGUUACAGUGGCAUAUUCAACAUGUCGGCAAUAAAAUUGUCAAGGAAUCACAAAUAAUGAUUGUUAGUGUGAAAAUUGUCACAUUUUAAAAUAUUACAUUUUGGUAGUUUCAUUUAUCAGCAAAUUAAUUCUACAAAUCUUAAAAUUCUGUGAAAUCAUGCAGGUAUCUGACAGACGUGAAGUGAAGGUGAAUGUUGGAAUUUCUGGUAAAAAAACAAAAAUCUGAAGUACACAUUUCUGAUACUGGUGCAAUAUAUAUUUGUAACACUAGUGGGCGCUCUUAGUCUUUGUUCUGAAGUACAUUUUCCUCAUUCCUACUGAGGCCAGUCGAAUGCACUGUUGAAAAAAUACAUUUGAGGAACAUCAGCACAAGUUUGUUCCACAAAAAAAAUCCUAGUUGUUUUUGAAGGCAGUACUGAAAUGAAUCUGUCUCUUACUUGUUUUUCAACGAAAGGGUUUAGAUGUGUUGCAUCUUUUUUUGAUUAUGUUCUCAAACAACCAAAACCAAAAGACGUUAUGAACUUAGACUUAUUUAUUAUGCAUCUAUUUAUUGCAUCUUUUUGGGGGGCACCAAACAUUUACUUUAACUUAUUUUGUGUUGUUUGUCUGUAAACAUAAAAGACCAAUUUCCACUGUA